UGAUGAAGAAACUCUUGAGCUACAAGUACCAGAGCAGCAGCAGCAGCAAUCGUAUCAAGAAGAAGAGGAUUAUCAAAUGGCAACGAGGGAAGGACAAGUUCUACUCAAGGUCGACGGCGGUGAUGCUUCUUCCAGCAAAGAAACAGAGACUGCACCAAAUAUCGACGGAGAAGCAGCUCCAAGGUCGCCAAUAAUUCACGGCUCCCCAGAGAACCCUACUGAAUCAGUCCGACGGAGAAGCAAAGAUCUGCCGGGAACUUCCUCCAGCCCGGCCGGAGCUCCCGAGAUUGUCCGAUGCAGCCCCAACGCCUCCCCCCGACGCUCCUGGAAACCGCCGGUGAGCAAGACCAAGUCCAGGCUGCUCGACCCACCACCUGAGGAAGCGUGUCUGAAAUCGGACAGAGCUGUGGGCUCCGGACGAACUCCGCGGAGAGAUGACGACGCUUCGGCUUUCGAUGACGACGACCUCGAAGACAUUCCAGAUGAGUAUAAGAAGAUCAAGUUCGAUGCCCUCACAUUGGUUCAGUGGGUGAGUCUUGUUAUUGUUAUAGCUGCUUUAGUUUGCAAUCUAUGGAUUCCAGUAAUAAAGAAGAAAACUUUGUGGAAUCUUCCGCUGUGGAAGUGGGAAAUUCUGGUUCUGGCAUUGAUUUGUGGUCGUUUGGUUUCGGGUUGGGGAAUUCGGGUGAUUGUGUUCUUUGUAGAGCGAAAUUUCUUGUUGCGAAAACGGGUUUUGUAUUUCGUAUACGGUUUAAGGAGAUCUGUUCAGAAUUGUCUGUGGUUGGGAUUGGUUUUGUUGGUAUGGCGCUUGAUUUUUGAUAAGAAGAUGGAGCAGAAGGCCAAGCAUAGGAUUUUGCCUUAUGUGACCAAGAUUUUGGUAUGUUUUCUGGUUGGGACAUUGAUUUGGCUCCUGAAGACAAUACUUGUUAAGGUUCUUGCCUUGUAUUUCCAUGUCAACGCCUUCUUCGACCGGAUCCAGGAAGCUUUGUUCACUCAGUAUGUGUUUGAGACGCUAUCUGGUCCCCCUAUGUUUGAAAGGCAACACACACGGGAAGAGGAAAAGGCCGCGGCAGCUGAGAUUAGGGAGUUUCAGAAGGCCGGGGUAGCUAUGCCUCGUGAUCUCAGGGCAACUCUUUUUCCGAGGACAAGGAGUGGGAGAGUUGUCGGGAGUGGAAGCCAUAAUAGCCCCAGAGUAGGGAAGAGUCCCGCGGUUUCUAGGCCAAUGUCUGAGAGCCAAGAUGAGGAGAUCCCGGUAGAUCACUUGCAGAAGCUAAAUCAGAAGAAUGUGUCGGCCUGGAAUAUGAGGAGGAUGGUAAACAUCAUCCGGCACGGGUCCUUAACCACUCUAGAUGAGCAUAUACUGAACUCCAAUGUGGGAGAUGAGUCUUCUUUGAAGAUUACAACUGAAUGUCAAGCAAAAGAGGCAGCCAGGAAGAUAUUCAUGAGAGUAGCCAAGCCAGGGUCCCCACACAUUUACCUGGAGGAUUUGAUGCGGUUUAUGGAUAAAGAUGAAGCUUUGAAGACGCUUCAACUCUUUGGUGCAGCAAGUGAACAUGACAAAAUCGGGAAGACCGCUCUUAAAAAUUGGGUGGUCAGUGCAUUUAAAGAAAGAAGAGCACUAGCAUUGUCUUUGAAUGAUACAAAAACAGCUGUGGACGAACUCCAUAAAAUUAUAAAUGUCCUUGUAGCUAUUGUCAUUGUGAUAAUCUGGCUUAUUAUUCUUGGGGUUCAUGUCAGCCACUACCUUCUCUUAAUAAGCUCCCAGCUUCUUUUGGUUGCAUUCGUCUUUGGGAACACAUGUAAGACGGUUUUUGAAGCAAUCAUCUUUCUGUUUGUAAGGCAUCCGUUUGAUGUGGGUGAUCGCUGUGAAGUGGAUGGAGUCCAGAUGGUAGUUGACGAGAUGAAUAUAUUAACUACAGUCUUUCUGAAGUAUGAUAACCAGAAGAUCAUAUACCCUAACAGUGUUCUUGCGACCAAGGGAAUUGCUAAUUAUCAUCGUAGUCCUGACACGGUUGAAUUUAUUGAUUUCUGUGUUCAUAUCGCAACUCCUAUGGAUAAGGUGGCCACUAUGAAAGAAAGACUACAGAAGUAUAUGAAAAGCAGGAAGGAUCACUGGCAUGAUGAUCCGUUGCUGGUCACAAGGGAUGUGCUGGAUUUGAACAAACUGAUGAUAUCGGUAUGGCCGACACACAAGAUGAACUAUCAGGACAUAGAGGAGAGAUGGAGGAGGAGAAGCCUUUUGGUCGAAGAGAUGAUCAAAGUGUUUAGAGAGCUCGAUAUUGAUUACCGGUUACUGCCUAUUGACAUCAACGUCCGAGCCAUGCCAAGUUUAACCUCCAACAGACUUCCUUCAAAUUGGACAACCAGUGCCCCGAAGCCAGCAAGUUAAUAAACUUCCAAGUACGCUGUUGCCACUUUUAAACUAAGACCUGCAGUACCGGAAUGACGGAUGAGGGUUCUUCGGAAUGAAUGAUUGAUGAGAAAUAACAGAAGAUGCUUGUAGUUUCAGACACAUAUGUACGUUAUGCAUGAUGUUUCAAUCAUGGUAGUUCUACUCAAUCCAGAUGUUACGUUUUGUACUAAACUAUUUUGUUUCUAUUCUUAUUAAAAAAAAAUUGGAGCUAUGGUCUCGAACUUUGGUCCAA